GGGGGCGGAAGCACCAAGAAGAUCGCUUUACUGUUUGCCCUGCGCUGAUUCCCGGCCGCAAUGAUGCUGCUUUCUUUGGGGUUUUCGACGGCACUGUUGGGGACUUUGCGUCGGACUCUGUGAAGGAUUUGGUGGUGCCGCAUUUGCUGUCGAGCAGCGGCUGGCAGCGGGUGGUGUCUUUGCUGCAGGAGCCUGGGGAGUCUGCUGCUGCUGCUGCAGUGUCUGCUGCUGCUGCUGCUGCGCUGCCCGAGGCGCUAGCAGCAGCAGUCAGGUGCAUGUAUUUAGCUGCUGACGCAGAACUCAUAGAGCUCUGCAGGCUGCAGCAAAAUGAUUACGCCAGCAGCACUUCAGUGACGGCGGUGAUGGCGGGGGGUUUCGUGGCCAUUGGGCACCUCGGCGACAGCCGCAUAGCCCUCGGCCUCGAGCUCGAGGGCGGCGGUUUGGAGGGCGAGUUUGCCACUGUGGACCACAAGCCCAACAUGCCUCUGGAGCAAGAAAGAAUUAUGAGCAGCGGGGGCAGCGUGGAGUAUUUGCACAACCACAACAACAAGCCCUUCAUUAGGGGAGGCGAUUUUGGCCUUCGGAAGUCCAAAGGCGAACAGCCCAUGCAGCUCCAGUACUCCAGGGCCUUCGGUGGCAAAGACCUGAAGACCUACGGGCUGAGUGCAGAGCCGGACGUGCGGGUGCUGCGGCUCAGCAGCAGCCACAAGUUGAUGGUGUUGGCCACCGACGGCCUUUGGGAUGUUCUCUCCGCCACGCAGGCCGUUCAAAUCGCCUGGGACGCCCAGCAGCAGGGCGAAAACCCGGCAGAGUCGCUGGUGCAGCACGCGCUGGCGGACCAGCAGCAGAGCGGACACUGCGCGGACAACAUAACGGCGAUGGUGGUUUUCUUCAAGUCUUAA